AACAACAACAACACUAUUAUAGAAUGGAGCGCUCGCAAAGCUGCAGCAAUUUCGAAGGCGCGCCGGAGGCGUUGCACGCCUCUGUUGGUGUCAACAAGCCGCUAACCGGCAGCAGCGACAACCUGCCCCACAGACUUGCCAGCUGCAACCACAGCAGCCACAUGUUGCCCAGUUUUCCGCCCAGCAAACCGUUGCGCAAACGCAAACGUCUACAACGCCAACAAUCGAUCAUUGUCGAUGAUGAUGCGGAUGACGAUGAUCAUGAUCAUCAUGAUCUGCUGAGCUGUGAGUGCGCCUAUGCCGCCGAUCUGGAGGAGAAUGCCGAUGGGGAUCUGGAGAUGUCGGAGCCAGUGGUCAUGCCACGCCUGCCGCAGCGCCACAUCUUGGCCAACAGCGGACGACAGCUGCGGCACGAGGAAUCCUUCGACUCGAACAGCACGGCGCCCGAGAUGAGUCCGCAGGCGGUGCGACAGCAUCGCUUCAGCAGUCUGCUGCUGCGCGACAGCUCCGUCUCGAUGCAGUCGGACUCGAGCCGCUAUUCGAGCGUCGACAGUCUGCUGGAGUCGCGCAAACCCGAUCCGGAGGCCAUACUCAUCAAUCUGGGCUUCGGGCCCGUCGGCACCGAGGACAUGCUCUCGCGCAUACCCAAGCGUUUCCUCAAGCCCUCCAAGGUGCCGGGCAUCGAUACGGAGGCGUUCGUCAAGCGUCUGCAGCUGGCCAGUUCGCUGGCCGACUCCAGUGCCCUGGGCUAUCGCGGACUCACCUCCAGCUCGGAUCAGCCGCCCUCGUCGAUUGUGGCCAAGAUUAUGGAACGCUUCGAGGUCAACAAUCAGCGCAAACAGUCCAUGGGCAAUAUUGAGCAUACGAUCAGAUGAGACGCCGAUUCAAUACCAACUAUCUAUAACCAUAUGCAUAAUAUAAAUCCAAUGAAUAUCUGAAAUUGUGCAACCUAGGCUAAGUUACUAGUUAUAUCUACAUACAUAGCAGCCAGCGAGCGGGGUUUUACCCGACCUGCGGGAAUUUUUCUAUUAUUAAUGUACAUUAUUAUUAUAUAAAGAUAAUAUACUUUAUUGUCAUGUGAUGUUUAUCUUGUCCAUUAGGUUUUAGUUGUGCCGCGUACUUAGCUUUGUCUAUUGUUUUACCUACCGAUUCGGGUUUAUUUUUACUUAAUAUAAUCUCA